AUGGAUGUUCUCGUGGCAGCAAACACCAAAUUUUGCUUUGAUCUUUUCCGCAAGAUAAGCAAAGAUGAUUAUCAUAAAAAUGUCUUUUUCUGUCCUCUGAGCCUCUCAGCUUCCCUGGCUAUGGUCCGUUUUGGAGCUAGACAUGCCAGCGCACAUCAGAUCGACAACGUACUGCACUUCCUUGACAUUUAUCAGAGUGAAAGCAAAGAACCUGACCCCUGCCUGAAAAGCAACAAGCAAGAGGCCCAGGCCGACAGUUUUCUGCAAGGGGAGAAAACAUCAACAGAGACUCCGAAUGAGCAGGCUGGGACCUCAAAGGAUGAGAGUGCACUGCUCAGCUGCUACUUCGGGAAGCUUCUCUGCAAAUUAGACAGGGCCAAAACCGAUUGUACCCUGAGCAUUGCCAACAGGCUUUAUGGGGAGCAGGAAUUCCCAAUCCAUCCGGCAUAUACAGAUGGUGUGAUUCAGUUUUACCACACAACAAUUGAAAGUGUUGAUUUCCAGAGAAACUCUGAAAAGUCCAGACAAGAGAUUAACUACUGGGUUGAAUCUCAAUCUCAAGGUAAAAUCAAGGACCUCUUCAGCAAGGACACUAUCAAUGACACCACCGUGCUGGUGCUGGUGAAUGCCGUUUACUUUAAGCCCAAAUGGGAAAAUUAUUUUGACUCUGAAAACACAGUUGAUGCACUUUUCUCUCUAAAUGAGAAGGAAAAGAAGAAUGUAAAGAUGAUGACUCACACAGGUCUGCACAAGCUUGCCUUCUUGGAGGAGCUGAUCGCACACGUCCUUGAGAUGAGAUGCUCCAAGGGGGAGCUCAGCAUGCUCGUCCUGCUGCCGUCUUACUCGGAUGACAACCUGAAGGGGCUGGAAGAGCUGGAAAGGAAGAUCACCUAUGAACACAUAGUGGCCUGGAGCAACUCAGAAAACAUGUCUGAAAAAAUGGUAGCUGUCUCCCUCCCCCAGUUCACCCUGGAAGACAGCUACGAUCUCAAUUCUGUUCUAGAAGACAUGGGAAUCGUCGAUAUCUUUGAUGAAACAAAGGCUGAUCUUACUGGAAUUUCUCCAACUCCCAAUUUGUGUUUGUCAAAAAUUGUUCACAAGACCUUUUUAGAGGUGGAUGAGAAUGGUACACAGCCAGCUGCAGCCAGCGGGGCUGUCGGCCCGGGAAAGUCAGCGCCGUCUUUGGUGGAAUUUAAUGCCAACCACCCUUUUCUCUUUCUCAUCAGACACAACAAAACCCAAACAAUUCUUUUUUAUGGCAGGGUCUGCUCUCCCUGA